GCUCUAUGCUAUGCUAUGAGUAUGGAUAUCCACGCAUAUGCCAUGGAUAUCCACGCAUUAUUCUAGCUCCACCCACGUUUUGCGAGAGCUGCCGCGGGUCUCUCCCACUCCUCUUUAAAUCGAUCACGAAAACAAAAAUUGACACCGACGAUCGAAAUGUGCCGCUACCACGCUGUCCCAGCGAAAGUGCCAUCGAACCCACGAAAGGCCGAGCUUAACCUUCCUCAAGGACACCCGUCUUCUUCCUACCCACAUCCACAUUUUCACCCAAGAAAAAGCACCCAGAUUCAUAAUCUUCAUGAUGAUUCUCCAACAAUGGAACCUCCGCCUGCAACUGCAAACCCUCCCAACACUAACACCCAUCACAGGAUCGACGCUUUCUCUUUCACGGACUGGAGCUUUCUUCAAGAGGAAGAUGAUGAUGAUGAUGAAGACGACAGAGGAAACAAAGAAUGGGUUGAUGACUGCGGAAGUGACAACGAAUGCUCCUCUCCUCAACACCCAGUUCUAUUUCCGGGAGAGCAACUGUGCCACAUUUUACAGGGUGUUUGCUCCUGCAGAACACAACUGGAGGCGGCGCUUCUUAGAGAUGUGAGAGAAGCUCUGCGGAUUUUAGGCCUUUCUGCUCAGGAGGAGGACCACAGUAGUCUGCGACGAAACGUAAUGAACAAUCUACGACGCGCAGGGUAUAAUGCAGGUAUUUGCAAAUCGCGGUGGGAGCAAACGAACGGAUACCCUGCAGGUGAUUACGAGUUCAUUGACGUGAUUUUGGGGGCGAAGAGCAAUGAUCGGCUGUUGGUGGACAUAGAUUUCAGAGCGCAAUUUGAGAUCGCUCGGCCCACAGCAGAAUACGCAGCUUUGGUUGAGGUGCUUCCUACUUUGCUUGUGGGAAGCGUGGAUAAGCUUCGUGACAUCAUCUGGAUCAUGUGUGACGCGGCGAAGAGAUCGCUGAAAGCAAGGGGAUUGCAUCUGCCACCGUGGAGAAAAAAACGUUAUAUUGAAGCCAAAUGGUUGGCUUCCCACAAGCGCACCACCAGCCAUGAUCCGCAUCAGCAGCACCUCCUUCUCACCCAGUGGAACGCCUGCUUUCUUCACCACAACAAUCUCAGAUCUACAGGAAGGAUUUCUGGGUUAGGUAGAGCAUUGGCACAGGCAGUCACUCAUAACAAUACGAACGACGUAUAUUAGCUUAAAUAAUGGAGCAUGGAGCUUCCUUUCCAUGUUCUCCUGUUAUUAAAUAGGAAAGGGGGACUGUAAUGUACAGGGAUAUGAAGCAAUCCUUCCCACCUGUGAAUAGAAUUUCCGAUCAAAGAAUACAUAUCUGGUAGACAGAAACUUAACUAAA